AUGGUAGCUGUUCUACAAACCAUCACAAACGGUGGCACAGUAAAAGAGAUUGCAACGUGCAGUGGAAAAGGCGAGCUGUAUUGGCCAUACAUCAGAUUAGAACCGUUGUCUGCAAAGCUUAAUCUCAAGUCCAUGUCACAAGCUGAUAUGUCUACGAGUGGCUUCACAAAAGAAAAGGAGAAGGGGGAAUAUUUCAGUCAGAUACAGCCUGGUGAUGCAUACGUUCAGUUAGAGUGCUCUUUGGGCGGAGACACGGAGGCAGCCGCAAAACGCGACGACACCAGGGACAUGCGUUUUGCGGCCGCAGUUAAGUCUUGGGAAGCGAACGAGCCCGGUAGAAACGCGAAAGGGGCACUAAUAAGG